CGAUUUGAAGGGUUAUAUCUUGAUAAUUGAUCAAAAACUAACUAGCGGUUCUCAACAUAUAAAUAGUCUGGAAGACGAACUGUUUAACGACAUUUCAGUGACAAUGUUGCGAGUGUGCACAUUCUUAAGUGUGAUAGUGCUAGCCAGGGCGCAGAUACCCAGUUUUGGGUUCUGUCCGGAAUAUAUUCCCAUGGCCGAUUUUGACAUGAAUAGGUUUUUGGGAAAAUGGUACGAAGCCGAAAGAUAUUUUCAGUUCUCGGAAGUUGCUGCCAGAUGUGUUGUUACCGAUUACGCGAAGGGACCCAGUGGAAAAAUUUAUAUGUCCAAUGAGGUUACAAAUAGACUGACUGGAAUAAAACGCGUAAUAGACGGUACAAUACUGAUUGCAGGCAAAAAUGGAGAAGGAAAACUCACUGUGAAAUAUCUUACAUCGCCAAUAGCUACUGAGACUACUCUGACAGUGCUAGAUUCUGACUAUGACACAUAUGCAGUCAUGUGGAGCUGUAGUGGUUUCGGACCCGUACAUGCACAGAGCGUUUGGGUUAUGACGAGAGAUCGCAUACCACCAGGUCCAGUUUUACAAACAGCCUACGGAGUCUUAGACAAAUACAAGAUAAGCAGAAACUUCUUUGUGAAAACAGACCAGGAGGGUUGUGCUAUUGCUGCUUCCGACAUAAAUGCAGCUAAUGGUAUAACGUCUGUAUCUACUGUUGCUCAAGCUACUGGACUAGAACAAAGAAAACUUCCGUUGCUCAAUACCAACGUGAAAAUUCCUGAGAACAAAGUUUCAACAACUGAAUUGAAUGAAGAAAUGAAACCUCAGCAGGUAGCUGAAGUACUUCUGAAAAAUAGUCCUGCUCCGAUCAUCACUGAAAGCAGCAAGAAACUGGAAGAAAGCACUACUCAAGAAAAAAUUGUUCCAGAAAAAGAACAGAAACGAGAAUUGCAUAGCAAGUCAGUUAUGUUCGAUAAAUUAGUGAUAAUUUCUACCGUACUGACCGGCAUAGCUUCACAGGUUCCAUUUUUCGGAAGAUGCCCAGACAUCAAAACCGUUCAAAGUUUCGACGUUGAAAGGUACUUGGGAAAAUGGUACGAAGCAGAAAGAUACUUUGCAGUGUUCGAAUUUGGUGGAAAAUGCGUCACAGCCGAUUAUGAAGUCAGUCCCAACGGUGCUGUUAACGUGGUCAACCAACAAAUAAGCACAUUUACCGGUAUUCACUCAUCCAUAGAAGGAAAUGCAAAUCAAAUUUCAAGAACUGAGGAAGCAAAAUUGACCGUUAAUUUUCCUUCUCUUCCAGUUAAUUUUGACGCACCCUAUUGGAUAAUAGGUACAGAUUAUGACAACUACUCGGUGGUAUGGUCUUGUAAUGAUUUCGGGAUUUUUAGUACGCUGGUUAUUUAUGGCAGCUGUACAUACUACUUCAAGCCGAUAAGCCAUAUUGAAUGUGGGGUUCCGGAAGGGCUCAGUAUAUAG